UCGACCACUUAUCUUAAUGGCUACAAAGACAUCUAAUUUCGUUUCUCGUCUUCUGUCUCUGUUAACUCUGCUUUUAUUGGUCUCAACUCAAGUUGGAGUCGUCCAGGCCGCACGUCGCCAAGUAUUAUUAUUGCGUUUGGAUUGCGUUCCUCUUGCCGCUCCUCCUCCCCCUCCAAUCGCCCGACCUCCUAUCUUUCUACCGCCCUCUAAAUCGCCUAGAGGACAAGGCCCAUAAAGCCAAAGUCGUACCCGAAAGUUUCUUGAUUAGUGGUCGAAGAAAGUAUUUAAGAAGAAUGAUCAAGAUUAGUAUCAAACAAACGAAAAAAAUAACGGUUAAUAUAUUCUUAUAGUAGUUGGAUCUUUGCAGAUAUGUUGGAUCGUGCUAUAAUAAUUGGGUUACAAAUGAAAUUUAGUUGUAACUUGUUCCACGUUGUAUAAGAACCUUUUUUGGAUAAAUGCAUUACUUAGUUUGUACUCAUUAUCAUACUUGAACCUAAUAUAUGACUUAGCGACGACACUAGUACUAACCGUUACUACAAGCUACAGACAUUU